UUCCUUUGUCCUCACCUUCUUUCCUUGCCUUCCGAAACAUCUUUAAUGGGCGUGGCCAUGCGAUUAAUGCACACGAGACGGACUGAGUGACGUACUCGGCAUUUACCGAAGUUUAAAAAUAAAUAAAUAAAAGAUUUCCGCGGUCGGGAUGUGACCGGAUAAGUUAUCGGAAAAAGAUGCUGCAUCAUUUCGUUCGUCACGGAGCGGCGCGCGAGGAGUCAUUGGGUGGCGUUAGGUGUGAGGAUCCGCGUGUCCCUCCGGCGGGGUCUGUGCUUUAAGGACGGACCGAAACCCGAACUGGGACCGAUGGCCGCCGGUGCGGCAGGAUGCGGGGAGGAGGCGGACCAGUGCCGGUCCGAGGUGGACCGUCUGAGCCGGGAGCUGGCCGAGGCCCACCGAGAGAAGAUCCGAGCGGCAGAGUGCGGGCUGGUGGUUCUGGAGGAGAACCAGAACCUGAAGCAGCAGUGCGCGGAGCUGGAGGCCGAGCAGGAGGCGCUGAGGGCGGAGCUGGAGGAGCUCCAAAAGGCUUUUGGCCACGCCUACUCCACCCAGCGUAAGGUGGCACAAGACGGAGAGAGCACGGAGGAGACGCUGCUGCAGGAGUCCGCCAGCAAGGACGCGUACUACCAGGGCCGCCUGAUCCAGCUGCAGUCAGAGCUCAUCAACAGCCGCGCAUCCUUAGCCAACGCGCAGGCCGACAACGAGCACCUGAGUGCCAUCCUGCAGGAGGUGCAGAAGCAGAGAAAUGAUGUGUUGGAGCUGCAGCACAGCCGGAUGCAGGAGGAGAUCAGGGAGUACAAGCUCAGAGAGUCUCAGCUGCUGCAGGACUGUAGUGAGCUGGAGGAGGAGAACAUCUCCCUCCAGAAGCUGGUGUCAACCCUCAAACACAAUCAGGUGGAGUAUGAAGGGCUGAAGCAUGAGAUGAAAGUUCUGGAGGAAGAGGCGGAGCUCCUCAGCAGCCAGUUACAGGAAGCUUUGCGUCUGAAGAACAUCUCGGAGGCCCACCUGGAGGAAGUCCUGGAGUCCCUGAAGAACGAACGCGAGCACAAGAACCACCUGCGGCGAGAACUGGUCCAUCACCUCAGCCAGUGCGGCGUGGCCUACAGCGGCACCGCUCUGCUGACAUUCUCCUCCACUCCGCCCAGUGGUGCUGCCACGCCCACCUCAGUGUUCUCCCCAAAUGCAGAAGAACCACCAAGGUGUAACAGCCUUCUCCAUGGUGGGGCGGGAGCAGUGUUGAUGUCCAGAGUUAAUCGCGAGCGCAGCAUGUCAGCUCGGACCCAGGAGGGGUCUCCAACCUUAAACCUGUCCAGUGAGAUCAGCCUGACAGAGAUCCAGAUCCUGAAGCAGCAGCUGAUGACGGUUGAAAAUGAGAAGGCAGCGCUGAUGUCCAGCCUGCAGCCAUCUCAGUCUCAUGUCCGGCACAGGCAGGAGUCUCUGAUGGAGCAGCACGAGGAGGUUGCUGAACCCGUCCCAACGAGGGCUCUGUUGGCCGAGGAGGCCCCAACGGACCCGCAGAGGGAGGAGCAGGAGACUGAGACUUCAACAAAUAGUCUGGAAUCUCUGCAGGUCAAGUACCAUAUGGUUGUGACUGAAGGAAUGGAGCUGAAGGCGGAGCUAAAAGCCUUACGGGAAAGGCUGGCUCAGCGUGAGGAGGAGCAACCAAGAGGGGGCACUCCGCUCCCGAAGGUAGAGUGUCAGCUGGCCUCACUGGAGAAAAGAUACCAGGAGGGAUGUGAGAAGAUAUGCAGCCUAGAGUUGGCUCUGCAGGAGCGUUCUGCAGCAGCCAGCAAUAUCCAGAAGGCGCUGAACGCCGCCCAGGAUCAGCUGAUGAUGGUGAGCGAGGAGCUUGCCCAGUUCUACCACCACAUCUGUCUGUGCAAUAACGAGAUGCCCAACCACGUCAUGCUGGAUUAUUACAGACAAGGCCGAGGCAUCAGGGCACUCAGUGCCAGCCUUAAAGCUGCGUGUUCGGACACAAACAGAGUUCUUCUCACGCCGCGCCUCGCCAGGCAUUUGGCCGUCACUGCAGACCAACCUCAAAGCCCCUCUGAGUCUCCUUCCAAAGAGUCCUUGUCUGGGCAGAGGACUGCAGAGGACAUGCAGGUUGCGUCCGAGCCCCCAUGCUCGCCUCCGACCUGCCCAGCCAGCACCAGUGCCUCCUCAUCAUCAUCAUCAUCAUCACCCAGUGAGCUGCAGAGAGACCCGAUGAACAUCUCCAACCUCAGCGCCAUCAUCAAAGACCAGCUGCAGCACCUCCACGGAGCGGUGGACAGGUGUCUACAGCUGUGCAGACACAGAGCAGCCGGGCCUCUGCUGGAGGACAAAGAGAGCUGUGCGGAGGAGAUGCUGAAACUCAGAUCUCUGCUGAGCACCAAGAGGGAGCAGAUCGUCACCCUCAGACUCAUCCUCAAAGCUAACAAGCAGACAGCUGAGGGGGCACUGACCAACCUCAAGAGCAAAUACGAGGCAGAGAAGUCCAUGGUGACGAAUACCAUGAAGAAGCUGAGGAACGAGCUGAAAGCUCUGAAGGAGGACGCCGCCACCUUCUCCUCUCUGAGAGCCAUAUUCGCCACCAGGUGUGACGAGUACGUGACUCAGCUGGAUGAGAUGCAGCGGCAGCUCGCUGCAGCCGAGGACGAGAAGAAGACGCUGAACUCACUCCUUCGAAUGGCCAUCCAGCAGAAAGUGGCCCUCACUCAGCGCCUGGACGACUUAGCCUUCGACCAGGAGCAGACACACCACACCCACAGCGGCAGACUGACCCGACUAAAGUCCAGUAAAGUAACGCCUCCAGCCUCAGCUUCAGCCUCGAACCUGGCUGAAGAAUCCACCAUAAGCAGCCCCCAUUCCUCCAGCCUCACUAGUCCGAAGUCUGUUGUUCCCGAGGAUCCCGGUGCUGCCCCCUUCAGUCCUGCCAGUGUCAGUGCAGCUGGUGCAGCCUCAUCUCCAGCUGUUACCUCCCUUACAUCACAGAUACACCCCCGCAGGCUGUCAUCACCGACCGAGAGCCCCACCUCUCCAUCAGUCUGCAGCCCGCCUUCGACCCUUCUAAGACCCGCCCACUUCCAGGGGACUCUGGCUGUCAGGCCAUUCCAGGUCGACUCUCACAGUUUCAGCUCCAACACUCUUCCUCUGAACACGUCUCGGCUCUGUGCCCCACCGCUGCACCGCUCCUCUUCCCCGUUUACUGCCAGGUCUCUCCAGCCAGGCUCCGCCCCCUCUCCUUCAUACUGUUCCCGUGUCAUGGACUUUAGACGCUUCAUGUGGAGCCCGAUGCUGCAGACCCAGUCCACCUCCAGCGUGUCUCACUCCUCUGUCCUCCACACUCCUUCCUAUCACAGCUCCUUCUCUCCUUUGACUCCCUCCAGCUCCUACCGCAGCUCUGUCGGCCGCCCCGCCCACUGCAUGCCCCCCAGACACUAUUGCUCCUCCCACCCUCGCCACUGAGCUCAAAUACCUCAACCGCUCUCAGCCUUUUACUCAGUGGGAGGGUUUUCCAUCAGGAUCCUGACCGAGUCUGGAGCUGGGCCUCCUCCUGAGCUGGACCAGGGUGGACUGGUUCUGAAGCUGCUCAGGGAUUUGACAUUUGAGGCACAGUCCCGCCUUCCUGUUCAGACUGCUGAUUGGUCAACAGCUUAUUCAGACUUUUAGUAACUUAUUUAGAUGUUCAGUUCAGAUCCACUGGACUUCUUCUUUUUUCUUCUGUCUUCCAGAUGUUUCACUGCUCAGUCUGAGGUCACGUGCACACGUGUCAGGAAAUCUGCUGACGCUGACGCUCUGAACGCCGCACAGACCAUCUGACCUUUUCCUCUAAACUUUGUUCUCUGCUCGCAAUCUUUCACACGGGCAAGAUUUUUGGGUUGGAUCAGAACCACAGUAGUAAACAUUCUGGUGUGGACGAGUAAACUGGGUAGAGACGGGCGUCCCGAACAGACAUAGCGACAAAAUAAAACUGGAACCCAUGACCUUAUAGCCAUUAAUCGAUGCUGGGUAACCUGAGUUCAUGUUGACGGUAGGCAGUUCGGUGUCUGUCUCCUUCCUGUGGUGAUUUCAUGAAAUCCAAACGUCCACGGAGGGAACCCAGUGAACAGGAAGUGACCUCUUUGACUCACCAAUGACGUCACCUUCUGGGGGUGGCAGUCCGGUCACAGCAGCUAUAAUUUGACCUUUGACCACAUACUCAAUAAUAAUUACAUCUGUAUAUAUGAUCAGAGCCCGGACGGUCAUUUAUUCCAAACAUACCUGAUCCUGGAUCUGCUUUGCCAGAACCCCUCGUCACAUGACCUUAUUGAUCUGCUGUGUGGCGUAUUUUCAGCCGCGUGAAUGAGCAAUGAAACAUCGCGACAUAGAAACUCUUCCAGUCGACUGAACCUUCUGAGAAUCUUCAGCAUUUAAAGGCGUUUAAUCGUCAUUCUGUCUUAAACUGUUGCCGAAGCACUGUAACCCAAAACUUCUUAACUUACCCAUAAUAACUUACUCAGUUCUUUUAAAUUUAUUUAUUUAUUUGGGAUUAGUUUGUUUUCUUUGUCUCAGUUUGUCUUUUUUGUCAUCUCUUUUUUUCAUUGUUCAUCCUUUU